AUUUUCUAUAAGUGUAUAUAUGGAGUGCAAUUAGCAAACCUCAUGAAAAUUGAUUGUUGAAGAUAUCUAUUUGUGUGAAUUCUUGUCAUCUUUUGAUGACUUCUGAUAUAAAUCUCAUCUGGGUUUUACUUGUUUUUGGAUUCUAUUGAAGCUUCAUUGACUCUUAAAGAACAUUAUUUAAGCAUUACAUUGCUCUCUAUGAAUGUAUAUAUGGACUUCUAUUUAGCAAACCUCAUGAGAAUUUUUUUUAAUUAACUCUUCUGGUCAGAAUUCUCUCUUUUGGUUAUCUUUGGAUGAGUUUUACUAUGAAUGUGAUUUGGGUUUUUUUCUUUUCUUUUCGUUUUUAUGCUGUUGGAAGCUCUAAUUAAUGAGUUUCAAUAGGAAUCUGAUCUGGGGUUUUCUUAUUUUUGGAUUUUGCUUGAUCAUUGAUGUUUUUCUUUUCUUUUCCUUUCUCUCCUUUUUUUUUUUUUUCUUUUUUUCUUUUUUGCAGUCUUAUGUGGUAUACUUGGGUGCCCAUGCUCAUGCUUCCGAUCCUACUUCAGCCGAUUACGAAAGAGUUACAGACUCUCAUUAUAAUUUGUUGGGAUCAGUUUUAGGAAGUAAGGAAAAGGCUCAAGACGCAAUUUUUUACUCAUAUAAGAGAUCCAUUAAUGGUUUUGCUGCCAAUCUCGAAGAGGAAGAAGCAAAUGCGAUCUCAAAACAUCCCGAUGUCGUAUCAGUUUUCUUGAAUAAGGGAAGGAAAUUACACACUACUCGAUCGUGGCAAUUUCUGGGACUUGAGAGAGAUGGUAGAGUUCCUCACGAAUCGCUCUGGCAAAGAGCGAGAUUUGGUGAAGAUACGAUAAUCGGCAAUCUCGACACCGGUGUGUGGCCAGAGUCAGAAAGCUUCAACGAUGAAGGACUGGGGCCCAUCCCCUCCAAGUGGAAAGGAGUCUGUCAGAAUAACACCCAAGAUAGAGUGCAAUGCAACAGGAAGUUGAUUGGAGCUAGAUACUUCAAAAAUGGGUAUAAAGCCUCUGUGGGCCCACUCAAUGCCUCAUUCUCCACCGCACGUGAUAUGGACGGCCAUGGGACCCACACGCUUUCAACCGCCGGCGGCCGCUUUGUUCCCGGAGCGAACAUCUUCAGCUACGCCAAUGGAACAGCUAAGGGUGGGUCACCCAAAGCUCGGGUGGCCGCUUACAAGGUAUGCUGGCCGCCCGUCAACGGCAGCGAGUGCUUGGACGCUGAUAUAAUGGCAGCAUUCGAUGCGGCAAUCCACGACGGCGUCGAUGUGCUGUCCCUCUCGCUGGGUGGCGAUCCCGCCGACUAUUUUGAAGAUGGUAUAGCGAUCGGGUCAUUCCAUGCUGUGAUGAACGGGAUCACCGUCGUUUGCUCGGCGGGGAACUCUGGGCCCACACCAUUUUCAGUGUCGAAUGUAGCGCCGUGGAUUUUGACGGUUGCAGCAAGCACUCUCGACAGGGAAUUUCCGUCGUAUGUUAAGCUUGGGAAUAACAAGCAAUACAAGGGGCAAAGCCUUUCAUCAGAUUAUCUACCAGAGAAGCUCUAUCCUCUCAUCACUUCUUCGGAUGCUAAGGCUGCCAAUGCUUCUGAUGAAACCUCUCAGCUUUGUAUGGUAGGAGAUCUUGAUCCUGAGAAGGUGAAAGGGAAGAUCGUGAUUUGCCUCCGUGGCAUCAAUGCACGUGUGGAGAAGGGUGAGGCCGUCCGCGAGGCUGGUGGAGUCGGGAUGAUCCUGGCCAAUGAUGAGGAGAGCGGCAAUGAGAUCCUCUCCGACGCCCAUUUUCUCCCAGCCACACACAUCACUUAUACGGACGGUUAUCAAGUUUACUCCUACAUCAACUCUACAAAGUCUCCCGUGGCAUACAUCACACAACCGAAGACUGAUUUGGGCACGAAACCAGCACCGUUCAUGGCGGCAUUCUCAUCCCAAGGACCGAAUCCGGUCACGCCAGAAAUCCUUAAGCCUGAUAUUACUGCUCCAGGAGUGAGUAUUCUUGCAGCCUAUAGCCAAGCAAUUAGCCCUACCGGCAUCGAUUCGGAUCACCGUCGUGUUCUCUUCAACGUUGAUUCUGGGACGUCCAUGUCAUGCCCCCACAUUUCUGGCGUUGUGGGCCUUCUCAAAACACUCCACCCUGACUGGACCCCAUCAGCCAUCCGAUCUGCCAUCAUGACCUCAGCGAGAAGCCGAGACAAUGAUAUAGAGCCGAUAACCGAUGCAUCCUUUGUAAAGGCCACACCUUUCAACUACGGCUCCGGCCAUGUCCGCCCCAACCGGGCUAUGGACCCCGGCCUAAUAUACGACUUGACCAUCAACGACUACCUAAAUUUCUUGUGUGCCCUUGGCUACAACUCGACCAUGAUAUGGGCAUUUGCCGAUUACAAGUGCCCAUCUAAGAACGCGAGCCUCUUGGACUUCAACUACCCAUCGAUCACCCACCCAUCAUUAACAAGCCCAACCACCAUCACUCGAACGGUCAGGAACGUUGGUCCCCCAAGCACAUACACAGUCCGUGUUGAUCCACCCGCCGGAGUAUUUGUGACAGUCGAGCCCAAGAGCUUGAAGUUUGAGAAGACGGGCGAGGAGAAGACGUUUAAGGUGACGUUAGCGCUUAAGUACCUCAAGAUUUCUAAUUAUUCAUUUGGGAGGCUGAUAUGGUCUGAUGGGGUGCACUAUGUUCGGAGUCCCAUUAGCGUGUCUUCGGCGUCUGGCCAAACCUCAGGUUAUUAGGAAUUUAGGAUAUUAGAGAAGUAUUUUUGAAAAUGAUUAUAUUGCCUUUCUUUAUGAUCUCAAAGCCCUAAACUCUCUUCUCCUCCCAAACAAGUCCACCCAUACUCUCUCACAACAUUAAGGUAAAGAGAUCAUUUUAGAAGUUUUUUUUUUUUCUUUCUUUUUCUUUUUAUCAAGUAAAACUCAUCUUGUUGAAAAGUAAUUGAUGAUGAUUUACAUUAAGGAA